CCCACAGUACUGAACAUGGCUGCCUUUUUUGGGAAUGCUGAUAAUGGAGAGUACUUGCUAUCUAAAAAGGUUAUUAAUAAAACAAGGAGGUCCUCAAAUCUCCCCCACAAAGCACCGGCUUCCUUUCCCCGCACUGACACUCACCUCACGCUCCUGCACUCAGAGUUAGUCCACUUCUUCCCGUCUCCAUCAGGGUUUCAGAUUGACCGCUGCCGUGCCAUGUCGGACGCCGAGGAAGUGGUGGAGGAAUACGAGGAGGUGGUGGAAGAAGAGGAAGAAGAGGUGGAUGGAGAAGAACAUGGGGUAGAAGAGGAGCAAGAGCCAGAGGAAGCAGAAACUACACAGGAGGAAGACACGCCUGCUGCCACAGAGGCUGAGGAGCCCAAUGAAGAAGAAGCAGAUGAAGAGGGAGAGGCGGAGGAGGGGGAAGGGGAUGGAGCCAAACCAAAGUUCAAGCCCUUUGUCAUGCCAAACCUGAUCCCUCCCAAAAUCCCAGAUGGAGAAAGGGUGGAUUUUGAUGACAUCCAUCGUAAGAGAAUGGAGAAAGACCUGAUGGAGCUUCAGACUUUGAUUGAAGUUCACUUUGAGAGCAGAAAGAAAGAGGAGGAAGAGCUCAUCAAUCUGAAAGAUAGAAUUGAGAAGCGUCGCUCUGAGAGGGCAGAGCAGCAAAGGAUUCGCAGUGAGCGAGAUAAAGAGCGCCAAAAACGUCUUGAGGACGAAAGAGCUCGUAAGGAAGAGGAGGAGGCCAAGAAGAGAGCAGAGGAUGACGCAAAGAAGAAGAAAACCUUGACCAGUCUUCACUUUGGAGGCUAUAUGCAAAAGUUGACAGAGAAGAGGAGCGGGAAGAAGCAGACGGAAAGAGAGAAGAAGAAGAAGAUCCUAAAUGAAAGACGCAAGUCUUUGGACAUCGAGAAAAUGAGUCAAGAUAGACUUAAGGAGAAAGCCGUGGAGCUUUGGGAGUGGAUGCACCAGCUGGAAGCUGAGAAGUUCGAACUGCAGUACCAGUUUGCCAGACAGAAAUAUGAGAUAAACGUGCUGAGGAAUCGAGUGAGCGACCAUCAGAAAACAACCAAGCGGACCAAGAGAGGCCUGAGGAAAUGAACGGCUUGGAUUCAUGUGACCACAUACACCUCUGACAUCAACGUUAGGGCUAAAUCCCCACUCCUUCCUUUAAAACCUCCACCUUCAAUGCCAUUUGUUCAACUUCUCCACCUACGCAUUGUUUUUUUCCCCUGCAAUUCCUAUGUUUUAGUAUGAAGGUCCUUUAAGGUGUAAAUAAAGCUUUCUCAGUGUAAUCAUGCA